UUAUAAAUUAGAAAUCGUGUUUUGUUGUGGUAUUUCCAACAAUGACUCUCCAAGUAGUAGUCUUAAAACAAUAAUAAUUUCAGUUUUUAAGCUUGUCAUUUCUCAAAAAUGCUGCUACGAUUUCAACAAUCAAACUUUUUAGCUUAUGCUACUACAACUAUUGCUGCAAAUCUUAUGAAUUCUGUUUUUCAAUUUUAUUACGUAAAUUUAUUCUUAAAUCAAUACAAGAUUUCAAUUUAUUGGUUUAAUGCUGCCCAGACAUUUUAUUUGGUUUGGAAUUCAAUUAACGACCCUCUAUUUGGUUAUUUACAGGAUAAUUCAAGUUUUGCAUUUUUAAAGCAUCGACGCCUAAAUAUUUUAUAUGGAGCUCCACUGUUUUCAUUAAGUUUUUUAUUGCCUUGGUUUGGAUGGGUUGAUAAGACAUCACCAGAAUGGUUGGCUGGUGUUCAUUUGAUUGUAUCUCUUUUUUUUUAUGACUCCAUGUUUACUUUUGUAUUACUUGCUCAAUGUAGUUUGUUUACUGAGAUAUCAAGAAAUCAAUCAGAUAGGCAGACCUUGUUGUUUUAUAGUCAAAUAGGAUCCAUCAUAGGCUCUUCAUCUGUUUUGUUGACUGAAGUCAUUUCAAAUCAUAUGCAAAACAUACACAAUUUUCAAAUCACUUGUGUUGUAAUUGCAUUAAUAAGUUGGUGUUUGAUGUCAUAUACAGGCUAUAACAUAAAAACUUCUGUUAAUCGGUCUUCAGAUGAUGAGAUGGAUUCUAAAAAUAGAGUAGAAAACUGGAAAACAGCAAUGAAGACAUGGCUUGAAAUUCUCAAAAAUAAAAACUUUAUUUCCUUUGUUAUCAUGAACUUUUUCCAGGUAUUUCAUUAUGCAUACUGCACUAACUUCUUUAGCAUUUUUCGUAAACAUAUUAUUGGUGCUGAUGCUUUACCUUCGAUUUUUCAGAGUUUGAUGGCUGGUGGAGCUUUUAUACUUCCAUCUGUUGCAGUCCUAAUGUUUUCACCAUUGAUCUUAAAGUAUGGAUCGUAUUAUAUGAUUAAACUAUCAUUUCUAUUCAAGAUUUUGAUUGGUGGUUUUUUUUUCAUGUUUGGGUACACCUCUCCAUGGUUAGUUGCAGCUUUUAUGAUACUUGACAGCACAAUUGUUAGUGCAACAUUUUCUCUGUUUAAUCUCUCAGUAUCUGACAUAAUUGAUCAUGAUCAAAUUUGUUAUAACAGGAGUCGCCCUGUGUCAUCAAUGAUUUUUGGUUUAAACGCGCUUAUAACUAAGCCUGCACAAUCUCUUGCACCUGUUAUUAUACUGUUUUUGUUAAAUAAAGCUGGAUACAAGAAUGAUACAAUGACUGACUCUAUUGAGAAGUCAUUGUCCGAAGCAAUGUUCUCUAUAAUGGUGUUUGUUCCAAUUAUAAUUGGUGUUUUGCAAUUUUUGCUUUGGAAUAUAUAUUCCCUUCGAAAUACUAACAAAGAUGAAAAUGAACUUAAGUUUAAGUUUUAAUUUCAUGUUUUACUUUAGUAAAUAUAUUUGUAAUCUUAUUAUUUAAUAUUUAUCGCAUUCUUUUAUUUGUUUGAACUGUUUAUUAAAGGAAUUUUUAAUAUCUGAUCUAUAAAAUCUUUUUUUUUUGAUCAAAACAGUGUUUAAAAAUAGAUAAAUAAUAAAGACCUUAUAAAUAUCUUAGUUAAUUCAUUUAUUAUGUAUAAUAUAUAAAUUAUUUGUAUCUUACGUCUUAUAAAUAUUGCUUUUUUUA